ACGGGGGCGGGGUGGCGGGGCUGUUGACAUGUGCAGAGGGUGGAGCUUUCCUGAUCCCCAGGCUGAAGGAUGGCGGCCCUUGCCCGCCUGCUGGAACGUCUCCUCUGGCCAGCUCGUAAGCAAGAGCGGGUGGAGGAGGCAGAGGAAAGGCGCAGCUCUCCCGACGGGCCUCAGUCCCUCCUGGACGCGCCGCGAUGUGCCCAGCGGCCGCACGGGGGUGCGGCGGCGUCUUGGGGCUUGAGCUUCGGGGCGAGCGCAGUGCAAGGGUGGCGCGCACACAUGGAGGACGCGCAUUGCGCUUGGCUUGAGCUACCCGGGCUGGGCCCGGGCUGGGCUUUCUUCGCGGUCCUCGACGGCCACGGUGGGACGAGAGCCGCCCUCUUCGGUGCGCGCCACCUGCCGGGCUACGUGCUCGAGGAGCUGGGCCCAGCGCCCGGAGAGCCCGAGGGCGUGUGCGAAGCACUGCGCCGCGCCUUUCUGGGCGCAGACGCACGCCUGCGCGCGCUCUGGCCCCGCGGCGAGCCGGGAGGCUCCACCGCCUUGGCGUUGCUGGUUUCCCCGCACUUUCUGUACCUGGCGCACUGCGGUGACUCCCGCGCGGUGCUGAGUCGCGCCGGCGCCGUGGCCUUCACCACCGAAGACCAUCAGCCCCUCCGUCCCCGGGAACGCGAGCGCAUCCAUGACGCGGGCGGCACCAUCAGCCGCCGGCGCCUCGAGGGCUCUCUGGCAGUGUCCCGAGCACUGGGAGACUUUGCCUACAAAGAGGCUCCGGGAAGACCCCCUGAACUGCAGCUCGUUUCCGCGGAGCCUGAAGUGACCGCCCUGGCACGCCGAGUAGAGGACGAAUUCAUGCUCCUGGCCUCUGAUGGCGUGUGGGACGCGAUGUCUGGCUCUGCCCUGGCGGAACUGGUGUCAUCUCGCCUCUGCUUGGGCUUGGCCCCAGAGCUUCUCUGCGCGCAGCUGUUGGACACGUGUCUUUGCAAGGGCAGCCUGGAUAACAUGACCUGCAUCCUGGUCUGCUUCCCGGGGGCCCCCAGGUCUUGUGAGGAGGCCAUCAGGAAGGAGCUAGUGCUGGACGCAGCCCUGGGACGCAGGGUUGCAGGUGAGCAGGCGCCAGGAGCCCGGCGGAAGGGGUGGUCAGCAAGCAGGGUAACUCCCACAAUCCUUGCCUCCUUCUCAGAGCUGUGUGCCUCUGGCCAGGAGCCGCCCAGCUUGAACACAGUUUUCAGGACUCUGGCCUCUGAGGACAUCCCGGAUCUACCUCCUGGGGGAGGGCUCCACUGCAAGGCCACAGUCAUCGCUGACGCUUACUCUCAGUUCUGCCAGGCCUCAGGAGAGCGCUGCGUGAUGGGGCAGAAUGGGGCUGAGAAGCCCACUGGCACCCAUUCAAGCUCUGCCUUGGACUUGGAGGCCUGACAGCUGUCGUCCUUUAGGGACCCUCUGCCCAGCUGGGGCCUCAAUGGAAUUAAGGAAGAAAACUUCCCUUCCCCAGCUAUGCAGACUAGUGCAAGGAAGAGAAACCAGUGGAGG